GAUCAUUCUCUAAUGGAACAAAAUAGAGAGAAGAAGUUUGUUUGCAAGUAUUGCAACAAAAGGUACCCUUGUGGUAAGUCCUUAGGGGGUCACAUGAGGACUCAUAUGAACAAUGAGAAUCGUGCUGAAGCAGAGGGAAGAGCUGAAAUCUCCUCCAUAAACAAGUUUCUUUCCACAUCUAAUGCAACUUAUGAUCUGAGGGGAAACCCCAAGAAAAGCAAGAGAUUUUCUGAUGAAUCAGGCAAUGGCACUUUGCUCAGAGAGAUGAUGAUUUGCAAAGAAUGUGGUAAGGGUUUCCAGUCAUUGAAAGCACUCUGUGGUCACAUGGUUUGUCACUCUGAGAAAGAGAGGGUCUUCCAGAGAUUUGAGGAUCAUUGUGAUGAUCAAUCAGACACUGAAAAAUCAGCAAGUAGGAUGAGGAGAUCCAAAAGAACAAGGUUAAAAAAUUGUACCUGUUCAAUUUCUAUACCAAAUGGUUCAUCAUCUGUUUCAGGGAUUGAGGAUCAGCAAGAACAAGAAGAGGUUGCUGUGUGUUUGAUGAUGCUUUCAAGGGACUCUUCUGGUUGUAACAAAGGAUUGAACUCGGUUGCUUAUUCUUCAGAUAACAACUCGGUUGUUUUGGAGGCUAAAUCAUCUGUUAAGAAACAAAGGGAAACCAAGCUGAAAUCUACCGAGACUGGACCCAAGAAAAUGAAGUCAAGAAUAGGAGCUGAAGAUGUGAGUAAAUUCAAGUGUUCAUCGAAUGGCAAAGCUGAGAAGAAGUUAGGGUCAAAGAGGAAGAAAGGGCACGAGUGCCCUUUCUGUUUCAGGGUUUUCAAGUCAGGCCAAGCUUUGGGAGGUCACAAAAGGUCACAUUUUGUUGGAGAUCCAGAGGACACAACAUUGCUCAUCAAACAAGACUCACCAGAGAUGCCAUUGCCACCUCUAAUUGACCUUAACCUUCCAGCUCCUGGUGAAGAAGAUGCAAUUUACAGUGUAUAAAAUGAACAAAUUUUACUUCUUUUUUAUCCUUCUGCUAUAAGGUAA